AGCAAUAUUUAAACUUCAAGAAACGUGCCUGUCGUUGGGGUCAGCUUCCAACAUUUUUCAGUCUGUUCUAGAAUAGUUCACUUGAAAUAUUGCUGCUUAUUUUAACUGCGAGGAAACUGUAAACAAAUGGACAAGGAGGGGAAGGAGGGUCAACAGGACGAGAAGCCUCCCCAUCCUCCCAGGCCACCUCCUCCCACACUGCCCCGUGGCACGGCUGGCGGUAGUAAAUCUCCCCGGAAACCGCCACCAACUCCUCCCGCAAGGCGGGUCAUAAGAGGUACUGAUGUGGAAAACUCUGAAGAAGCUGAAAAGCCAGCUGCCCGCCAAGUCGCACGCGCGACCUCGCCGCUGUCGGCAGCUCCAAUACAUAAGCCGCCACCAUCCAAAAAGGAUGGCGAUGGAUCUCCACGCGGCAAGUCUGCUUCGCCCCGACUAGUAAUAAGGGAUCGUAGUGCAUCGGCAACUGGUUUAGUCAUCGAUAUUGCGACAUCGCCACAGACCCAGAGGCAUGUUCGGGACUUUGGUGCUUCGCCGUCUCCAAGACCACCCUUUCAGACUGUGGCCAGAUCGACUUCCCCACUUCCCGCGGCCGCUACUCAGUCGCCACAACCAAUUAAAAAGGUCAUUGCCUCAACGGCAGUGGGAAAGGAAAGUCCCCGACCUUCUGGCCAGGAGGCGGUGCCAUCGACAUCCGCCCAAGUUACUUUUGCCGGUGUAACCAAAUCCAGCGGAUUCAAUAUUUUCGGCAAAAAGAAGCCAAAAGAGCCCCCCAAGUCAACCGCCACGGGAACCCGAUCCGCCUCACUGCAAUCUGGCGGAGAUAGAUCGGACAAGAAAGCCCAAGACCGGCGGACUUCAGAACGGCGGGGCCCAGAGCGAUCUGGCCAGGAGCGGCGAUCCGGUGUCGGGCCGUCAGCUGUUCAAAAUAAGACCAAAGCCACCCGGAUUCUCUACACGACAGAUGAGGAGGUGCGAGAUGCGCUUAUGGAAUUCGCAGUAUUUAUUAUUUUUCUGGUGCUCACCUCGUUGGUGACCCUGUCUGUGCGCCACUCGUACAUGUUCUAUUUCAAUGACACAAUGAAGAAGCUCUUUACAACCCGAGAACUGGUGGUGGCCCCCUCGGUGACAAUUUCCUUUGAGAAGCUGAUCACGGUGCCCGACUGGUGGGAUUACCUGGUGUACAACUUUCUGGUCACUUUGCAUGGCGACAUGACUGUGACUAAACCUGCCGAACCACCACCCCCAUCGCCCCCUCCACAGCCCCCUCCACCACCACCGCCACCGCCGGAGAAGUUAAGAGAAGAGCCGGCAAAAGUGCCAGACGACAUAAUACGAAAUGCCGAUGGGAUCCUGGAUGAGGAUUGGGAUCAGCUGAGGGACUACAGAAGGAAGGUGCGACAAGAAGAGAGUCCCGAGGCAGAAGAGGGAGACUCGGAGAGCUCCGAAGAAAAAAUCACUGAGCCAAAUUUUGUCGUACCAAGCCAUCAUCUAACGGGUCGGGUCUUCCUUCACGAGAACUUGCUGCUAGGACCGCCACGCAUCCGACAGAUUCGGGUGAAAAAGGACAGCUGCUACGUCAAUGACGCCUUCAUCCGAUACUUCAACACGUGCUAUGCUGCGUACUCCUCCGGAACAGAAGAACGGACAAAGAACUACAAGGGAUCGCCCUACCGGUCAAUGAACGAUCUCGACUCCACUCCAAUUUGGACAGUAUUGGCUUUCUAUCGCAGCGGCGGCUACGUGAUGGACUUGACAUUCGAAAAGGAAGACAACCUGAAGAUAAUAACUGAUCUUAAGAACACACACUGGCUGGACCGAGGAUCCAGGCUCUGCCUGAUCGAAUUCAAUUUGUACAACGAGAACACAGACAUAUUUCAAAGUGUUAAGUUUAUUGCUGAGAUUCCACCCACCGGAGGCGUUAUACCCCAGGCUCAACUUCAAACAGUAAAACUAUUCUCAUUCUUCACGGAACGCAGCCUACUAAUGACUGUCAUCUACAUCUUCUGGUAUAUCAUGAUUGUGUACUAUACCAUCUAUGAGAUCAACGAGUUGCGGAAGUCCGGCUCCAAGAACUACUUCACAUCCAUGUUGAACGUCCUGGAUUGCCUGAUUCUCUUGCUUUGCUACCUCGCUUUAGUCUAUAACAUAUGGCAUACCUUUAAGGUCAAGUCGGUAACCCACAAGGCCACGACUCAGUUGACCUAUCAGAGCCUGGAUGUUCUCUGUUUUUGGAACAUCAUCUACGUUGACAUGAUGGCCAUAUUGGCCUUCCUCGUUUGGAUUAAAAUAUUCAAGUUUAUCAGUUUCAACAAAACUCUUGUGCAGUUCACAACCACUCUGAAACGGUGCUCCAAGGACUUGGCCGGCUUCAGUCUUAUGUUCGGAAUUGUAUUCCUGGCCUAUGCUCAGCUGGGCCUCCUAUUAUUUGGCACCAAGCAUCCCGAUUUUCGAAACUUCAUUACAUCAAUUCUGACCAUGAUAAGAAUGAUUUUGGGAGACUUUCAGUACAACCUCAUUGAGCAGGCGAAUAGAGUUCUGGGUCCCAUUUACUUCCUUACCUACAUUCUGCUCGUCUUCUUCAUUCUAUUGAACAUGUUCUUGGCCAUUAUCAUGGAAACUUACAACUCGGUGAAGAGUGAGAUCACUCAGGGGCGUAGUCACUUGGGAUCGUACAUCUACAAAAAAAUGACUGGUCUUCUUUAUUGGAUCACCCAUUGUGGUCGAAAACGGCGGGCUCGAGCCCAAGGAACACCCGAGGAGGAGCUAGAUCACACUCGGGAAACAGAAGCCACCAAUGAAGAACCCUAUGAACUGCGCAGUAACAUGACUCAAGCCCAGGCCAAGUAUUUCCAAGAAAUUCCGCCACAUGAAAAUCCGGAUAUGGUUCGUCUGACUAAUCGAGUGAGUCUGCUAGAGGAGAUCUUGGAACAGUUGAUUACAAAUAUGGACGAUAUUCUGAAACGGGUUGAAAAGGAAAGACCCAGAAAAUGAUGCAAAAGAAAGGUUUUUAAAUAAUGUUCUUUAGAUCACUUUGUUUAUGGAAUUACGUUACGGAAUUAAAUAAACUGUUUUGAUUCUUCAGAA